AUGCAUACAGGUUCUGGCGCCGGACGACCCUCUACUGCUUGUAGACCGUAUAACUCAGGGCCUCGCGGGAACUUGGGACUCGCAGAACCGCCACCACCUCAGCAGUCGACAUCAAGCCAGAUCGGUGUGGAUUCUCCGUUAGAGAACAGACAUUUAAAUUCAGUCCCCGGCAUCGAUGAAAGCGCACGGGCGGACAUACAAUUUGGAGUACCUUCGCAAUUAGUGUCCGACUUGAUUGACACAUUUUUUACACAUGCUUACAACGCCGAUCUCCUUCUACACAGAGAGACGUUCCUUCAGGACCAAGCAGACGGGAGAGUACGACCGCACGUGCUUUUGAGCGUGUGCGCUUUCGCUGCAAUCUUCCAUCGCGACUCCAAUGGGCAUAACUCGCUGAAACAACAUGGCUUUGCUUCUGAGUGGGCCGAAUGUGCAGCAAGGCUCGUUCUAAAAGAGGUCGAGAAGCCGAAUGAGGAUAAUGUCAUCAGUUUUCUUAUCCUUGCCCUGUUCUGGUACAGCCAGGGUAACUGGAGAAGGUCUUAUAUUCAUAAAGGUUUGCCUUCAAUCCGCCUUGGAGCAGGGUCUGCUGUACAUAACCUUAUAAAAUCCCCUGACGCGGAUUCAGAAAUCCGCUUGAACGCAAUAUACCAUCUGAACACCGAAAUCACUAGAUGGUGGAUAGACUUGCCUGAGAAUCUUCGACUGGACAUAUCGAAUCUAUCACAGACCCGUCGCAAGGACUUACCAAGACUUGUCCUUAUUCACGCCGUCUACUAUCAGUGCCUUUGCGUAAUGCAUUCCUCUCUUGUGCCCUUAUACUCUUGGGGAAAAGAGGAACACGUCCCGUUGCUCGCAAUGCAACUUUCCGCACAGAUUGCUUACGAUAACGCAUGUGCGGUCUCCGAGCUCUUUCAGGCCAUACUUGAACAAUAUUCGGAGUUCAAUGAAUUUACUAGUUUUGUGGGUUAUGCCGCUUAUUGCGGUUGUGCCAUACAGAUUCCCUUCAUGGGGUGCUCAGAUCUCACUGUGAAGGAGAGAGCCACCAAGAAUGUUCGAGUAAACUUACAGAUCAUUCGCUCCAUUGGCCUGAAUUGGAAGUUCGUGUCGUUAUUGUAUAGCUAUGCCGAAUAUAUUAUGGAAAUCCAUACAAACCACCCUCUCCAUCUCACCAGUGAGCCGAAAUCGCUUCCACCGAACAAACUGAAUGGGUUCCGAAUAACAGCAUCAAAAGCACGAGCCUCUAUACUAGAGCACAAUGCUGUGCUGUGGAAAGAAGAUGGCGUGUCUGCUCAAGGGGAUGAAGUAACGGACCUCGGAUUCGGAAACGAGCCACUUGAAGCCCGAACUCAGUCCACGCCUGUGAAUGACUUUCGUACUGCUGAAGGUCCAGCCCUGGAUGCAAAUAGGACAACGCACAGCAAUCUUGCCGGCAUUUCUCGCUCAAACUGCCAGCCAAUUUCUAGGUUAAGCGAGAUUUCGCCACAGGAGUUCUUCCAACCGCUGUUGGACGCGUCAGAUCUCUUCGAAGUACUGCCGGAGUACGACCGUUCGUUGGUUGGCCAAUUUGAUAUAACCGAAUGGUAA